GGAUAGGAAAGCGACGGCCUUUGCUGGGCACGGUCGCCUUCGGGUCCAGCCGGAGGUACAGAAACCAGAGCAGCGCCGGCCGAUAGAUAACCCCUGCUUCGCUCCCUCGCUCGAUCCACGGCGGCGUCUCCGGCUGGCUUGCUGUGGGCGCGCGGAUCGGGGAGCCGCGGCCGGUGGCGGGCCGGCAGAGGCCUCAGCUGCGGGCGAUUGGAGGCGGCGGGAUUGGGGGCCGGACUGGGACCCGCCGGCGGACCUACCCUAGGCGCCGGUGCCGGUGCGUCGGAGAUCGGGGGCCAGCAGCAGCUCAGAGAAGCCGCAACCUGCAAAACCAAGGGCCUUUGUGUUUGUGUCUCUGCCAUGUCUAGAGAUCAAGGCUGGGCAGACCUGCCAGAUGUGCUGCUUCAUUCCAUCAUUGCUCUGGCAAGCUCCUUCACCGACCUCUUUGCCUUCGCUCACACCUGCUGCUCUUGGCGUGCUGCCUUCUUCUCGUAUCCAUCGAAGUCUGCCUUCUCGAUGAUCUUCCCGCCUGUGCUCCUGCAACCUGAUGCCUCCGUGCACUCUCCAUGUCAUCGCCCCCUUGGCGAUAAGCGUACAUGUCAUGUCAUUGAUCCAGCCAGCAAACACUCGCGUAUUGGCUACCAUAUUCCCCUAGUUAAUCUUUCUCGAGCAAAUAAUCACCCCCAAAAUUCUCUGGGUAGUUUUUGCUUCCUGGGUGCUUCUUAUGGCCAUCUCAUCUUCUCCAGGAACAGAUCAUGUCUCAUUGUUGAUGUGUUUACAGGUGUUAGUUUUUCACCACCACAGAUACCGGGCGACGAAUCCACCGAGGUCUACUACGGUGCCCUCACGGCUCCUGUAGAGUCACCCAACCCAUAUCUCAUUGCCACCAAUGAAUCCCACAGUUACUUUUGGCGUGUUGGCAGUCGCUCUUGGUUGAGAGCUUGUCCUUGUGAUGGAACUGUCCAGCAGAUUGUGACCUUCAAAGGCCAGGUCUUCGGCUUGGACUCUGGUGGCAUGCUCUUUGUUGUGCACUUGGCACCUUUGAUUCGCGUACGGAUGAUGGGAGUCAGUUGGGAGGAAAUCUCCACGCGUCAUCUUGCCAACCUAUAUCUGGUGGCGUGUGGUGAUAUGCUUCUCUUGGUCGGGUGUCAGGGGUCGUUUCCGGCAAGAGGGGAUACCUUCGAAGUCUUCCGCCUCGACCAGUCGACUGAACAUGCAAUGUGGGUGAAGGUGGAGGAGUUGGAGAAUUGGGCGAUCUUCAUCAGCACCGACAAGAGAAGCCAGCCAUUAUCUUUCAGGAACCCGGAAAGGUGGGGAGGGAGGAGCAACUGCGUGUACUACUAUUCCCAUGAUUCCGAACACUGGGCUGCAUUUGAGCUGGGGAAGCCUGCCUCCAGCCGAAACAGCUUUGUUUUCAUAAGCUCUGGCAAUUUAGUGCAACCUAUGUGGGUUGUCCCUAGCAUGUUCUCCCAGUCCCCGUGAUGGUUGAUGAUGUUAACGCAUUCCUUGUUUUAGGCUUCGGCUAUUACUGCUGACUGGAGCAACUUCCGCUGUAAGAGUGUGUAAGAAUGUUCUGAAACAUCGAUAAGAAUGACUAUGUACUAUGUUGGCACUACUCUGCUGUUAUAAUUGGAGUAUGGCAAUAUUUUGUACUCAA